UGCCUCUUGCACUGGGCGCAGGGAGCGGCGGUGGGUGCGUGCGUGCAGGGGGGGGCCCGGCUGCCUGGCCCCCAGCGAAUGCAAUAAACAAUAAUCAUCAUUAGAGGGGGGAGAAAGAGGCGUUUCCUUCGGAGCAUGCAUCCAUGGGCGGACUGAGGCCGGGAGGAGGCGGCGGCGGCGGGGUCGGUGUUGCAAGAAGACCCCUUGGCAGCAGAUGGGAUUUGUGCCUUAUUUGAGGAUCUCCUGGGCAGUCCCUCUCCCCACUUGUGCUGCUGUCGGGGGGAGGGGGGGGGAAGAGAGAGGAAGUUGCAUUGAUUAUUUUUUGCUGCUGCUUCGCUUUCCCGGAUUCCCACACGCCGAGGCGGUUUUUAAAUCUGGAUGAUUAUGCAUGGAAAAUCGCCCCCUCCCUCUAAGGAGCCAACCCGUGCGGGCAGCCAGCUCCCCCUGAGCCUGCCUGCAAUUGUGCCUUCACUUAUGCGUGUGUGGGGGGAAGGGAACUGAGCUGUUUUUCUUGCUUUUGACCCCCCCCCCCCCGCCGCUCUUUGGAGGGGAAUCAGUGAUCAUCUGGGAUUUCCACCUCCAGCGAGUCAAUCCUGCCCCGACUGCUGGAUUUGCUCCCCUUGCAUGGGGAGAAGCGGCGAGCGGGUGAAGAACUCUCGGGCUUGGUUUUUAUUAUUAUUUUUUUUUGAGGGAGGGGGCAGUUGCUUUGCGCCCCAGCCCGGCUUGUGUGUGCGCCUUCUACACCGUCCCUCCCCCGCUCCCUGCCUCUGGACAUUGGGAUGUGACCAGCUGAGGUCCAGGCGACGCUGACCCUUCGCUCCGGGGGCUCGUGAUCCUGGAAGCGGGUUGAGAAUAUCGCCGCACAACUCGCCUUGGAGGGAUUGUCAAUUACCGCCCCUCCCCGCCGCCCACCCGCCCGUCAGAGACCAGAAGCCUGGGAUCUAGUUUUGUUUCGCUACUAAACAAAAGUGGGGACAACUGCUUGGGGUUGCAGGGCCACAAAACCAUGUCUGCUAAAGAGAACCCCUGCAGGAAAUUUCAAGCCAACAUUUUUAAUAAAAGCAAAUGUCAAAAUUGCUUUAAACCUCGGGAAUCCCAUUUGCUCAAUGAUGAAGAUUUAAACCAGGCAAAGCCCAUCUACGGCGGUUGGCUGCUGCUGGCACCAGAAGGGACGGACUUUGACAACCCUGUGCACCGUUCCCGGAAAUGGCAGCGCCGGUUCUUCAUCCUCUACGAACAUGGUCUCCUGCGCUAUGCCCUGGACGAGAUGCCCACGACCCUCCCACAGGGCACCAUCAACAUGAACCAGUGCACGGAUGUUGUGGAUGGGGAGAGCCGGACGGGGCAGAAGUUCUCCCUGUGCAUCCUGACCCCCGAGAAGGAGCACUUCAUCCGAGCUGAGAACAAGGAGAUCAUCAGUGGGUGGCUGGAGAUGUUGAUCGUCUACCCGAGGACAAACAAGCAGAAUCAGAAGAAGAAGAGGAAGGUAGAGCCACCAACCCCGCAGGAACCUGGCCCCGCUAAGGUGGCUGUGACCAGUAGCAACAUUCCUAAUGCAGAGAAGGUCCCCACUACCAAGUCCACACUCUGGCAAGAAGAAAUGAGGGGCAAAGAUCAACUGGAUGGGAGCAGUAGCAUCAGCCCAGCCCAGAGCCCCAUACAGAGCCAGGCCAUGCUUGCCAGCUCCUUGAAGGAACCUAUGUUGGAAAGUAAAGAAGAUGAGAGCUCCAUGAAUGGCGACCGGAUAGACUGUGGGCGGAAGGCACGUGUUGAGAGCGGUUACUUUUCCUUGGAGAAGACCAAGCAAGACUCGAAGUUGGAAGAGCAGCAGCUGCCACCUCCACCAUCCCCUCCCAGCCCCAGCACCCCGAACAACAGGUACAGUUACCCCAAAUCACCCUUCCAGGAGCACAGCCACCCCUUUCCUUCCCCAGGUACCAGCUCAAACAACCGAAUGGUUUCCAGCUACUCACUGAACUCCCUGGAUUCAAAGAGUACUUACCCUACGUGCAAGGACUUCAGCAGCAGAGACGGGGGAAGGGGAGCUGAAAGAAAGAACCACUCCCUUUCCUUCAAAGCCAGUCGGCAGUACGCCACCCUGGCCGAUGUUCCCAAGGCCAUUAGGAUCAGUAACCGGGAGGCCUUCCAGGUGGAGAGGAAACGGCUGGAGCAGAGGACCCGGGCCCGCAGCCCUGGAAGGGAAGAGGUGGCCCGGCUCUUUGGCAACGAGAGAAGGCGGUCCCAGGUAAUUGAAAAAUUUGAGGCAUUAGAUAUAGAGAAUGCAGAGCAUAUGGAAACCAAUGCGUCCGCAGGCCCCUCCCUUUCCAGCGAGACACGUCAGGGCAGGAGUGAGAAGAGGGUUUUCCCCAGGAAACGGGACUUCACCUCUGAAACUGCAGCAGUAGGAUCCAUCCUGGAAGUCUCAGCUUCCCCUUUGUCUCCACACCGUAGAGCAAAAUCACUGGAUAGAAGAUCCACUGAGUCCUCCAUGACGCCUGACCUGCUGAACUUCAAGAAGGGAUGGCUGACGAAGCAAUACGAGGAUGGACAGUGGAAGAAACACUGGUUUGUGCUGACGGAUCAGAGCCUGAGAUACUACAGGGAUUCCGUGGCAGAGGAGGCAGCUGAUUUGGAUGGAGAAAUUGAUUUGUCUACAUGCUAUGAUGUCACCGAAUAUCCAGUUCAGCGGAACUAUGGCUUCCAGAUCCAUACUAAAGAAGGGGAAUUCACCCUGUCUGCCAUGACCUCUGGGAUUCGACGAAACUGGAUCCAGACAAUCAUGAAGCACGUUCGCCCCACAGCUGCUCCAGAUGUGACCAGGAAAAACUUCUCUUUGAAACUAUCGGUGCUGAAGCCCAGCUCCUUGCCAGAAGAGAAAAGCAAAACCAGCUCUUCUUUUGAGACUUGUCCAAAGCCAAGUGAGAAGCAGGACUCGGACCAAGCUGAGGUGGAUCCUGAGCAGAAACGGAGCCGUGCCCGGGAGCGCAGGAGAGAGGGGCGCUCCAAAACCUUUGACUGGGCCGAGUUCCGCCCCAUUCAGCAAGCCUUGGCGCAGGAGAGAGCCCUCGCUGCAGAGUCCUCGAAGAGCGGCUCCACGGCCUUUCCCAGGGAACCCAGCGCUCCGGACGCAGACCCCGGGGAGCUGGAACGGGAGCGGGCUCGGCGGAGAGAGGAGAGACGCAAGCGCUUUGAGAUGAUCGAUGCUGUUGAUGGGGCAGGCCCAGAUGACAUGUUGAGGAUGGAGGUGGACAGGAUCCCAGGCCUGCCCAUCGCAGGGGAGGCGAAGCCACAGAAUGUCCAUGUGGAGAUCGAGCAGCGAUGGCACCAGGUGGAGACGACCCCACUACGUGAGGAGAAACAAAUCCCCAUCAUGCCCCUGCACCUGGCCCAACCAGAUGACCGAGACGACGGGAUCCACAAGCAGCAGCUAACCUCACUGCUGGAGAAGGAGUUGGAGCAGAGCCAGAAGGAGGCAUCAGACCUCCUUGAGCAGAACCGGGUCCUGCAGGGCCAGCUGAAGGUGGCACUGGGCCGGGAGCAGAGUGCCAGGGAAGGCUACGUGUUGCAGACCGAGGUGGCAGCCUCACCAUCGGGUGCCUGGCAGAGGCUCCAUAAAGUCAAUCAAGACCUCCAAAGUGAGCUGGAAGCCCAGUGCCAGCGUCAGGAGCUGAUCAAUCAGCAGAUCCAGUCACUGAAACGUAGCUAUGGUGAGGCAAAGGAUGUGAUCCGGCAUCAUGAAGCCGAGAUUCAGAGCCUGCAGGCAAGGCUCAGUAAUGCUGCGGCUGAGCUGUCCAUCAAAGAGCAAACUCUGGCCAAGCUGAAGAGUGACUUAAAGAGUGAGAAGGAGAAAGCCAAAGAGCAGCUGGAGGAGUGGCAGCACAGUGAGACCACUCUGAGCUCCCAGUUAAAAGCCAGUGAGCAAAAGCUGAAGAGUGCAGAGGCGCUGCUGCUGGAAAAGACACAGGAGCUGAGGGAUCUUGAAAUGCAACAGGCAUUGCAAAGGGACCACCAGAAGGAAGUGCAGAGGCUCCAGGACAGGAUUGUAGACCUGAGCAGGCAGCUGAACGCUAGUGAACAGGCUCGGAUCCUAAUGGAGGAGAAGUUGCAGAAGAAUUAUGAGGCUUUGUUGGAAAGCUGUGAGAAGGAAAAGCAGGUUUUAAUACGGAGUCUGAAGGAGGUGGAGGAUAAGGCCAGCGAGUACGAGAAUCAGCUUCAAAACAAUGAGCAGCAGAUGGAAAUUCUUCAGAAAGAGAAACUGAAUGCAAAAUUUGAAGGCAGCGAGAUUGUCCACCAGCUAGAGGAGCAACUGGAGAUGAAGGAAGCCAGCAUCCAGAAGCUUGCUGAGGACAUCAAGGAACUUGAAGGGGAGAGAGAUCAGAUCAGAUGUAGGUUCCAAGAGCUGAUGAAUCAGGUUGAAGAGUCAGAUAACGAAGUUGCCAAGCUGCAAUCAAAGUUGAAAAUGGAGGAGACCAACUAUGAUAAGCUGGAGCAAUUGUACGAGAAAGUAUCAGAUCAGUUCCAGAGCGUGCAGAAGGUGCUGGAAGAAAAAGAGGAAGAGCUGAGACACGUUAAGGAAAUGCACUUGAGAAUGGUUGAAAAGAAAGAUCAAGACCUCAAUGAGGCUUUGGUUAAAAUGGCUGCUUUGGGCAGCAGUUUAGAGGAAACAGAAGUAAGGUUACAGGCCAAAGAAGAGGUUUUAAAGAAGUUAGCUAAUGUGGACUCAGUACCGUGUGCUAAAGAUAUGGAGGACUUCUGCACUAAUCUUGAGGCUGCUGAAAGUCACAUUCCAGACAUGCCAGCUCCUGAGGGGCUUCCAGGUUUGAAUUAUGCACUAAAGGAGGAGGUUGCUGAACGUCCUGAGACCAGCCAGAGUCUGGCUGGUGAGCAUACCAUGUUGAAUGCCGAAGAACUUAGGUCUCUGUUGAAGUCUACCAAGUGUCAAGACAGAGAGCCACAGCAGAAAGCCUUAGUGAAGCCUGAUAUAGGAACCCUAGGUGCCAAAAGGCAAAGAAUCCGCUUCUCAAACAUCCAGUGCCAAAAAUACAUCCAUUCAGAUGGGUCGGAGAAAAAUUGGACUAGUAGCACAUCUUCAGACACAAGCCAGGACAGAUCACUGUCCGAGGAAAGCAUGUCAUCAGAACCAGUUCUUGGUUACCCAGCCUCAGGAACCAGUGACUCUGAGACUUAUCUCUCAAUCAUCCAUUCCCUGGAAACCAAACUUUACAUCACAGAGGAAAAGCUCAAAGAUGUGUCCAUGAAGCUUGAAAGCCAGCAAGGUCAUAACCAGGAAACUCUGAUAGCCCUCCACCAUCAGUGGGCCAGCACAGAGUCCCAGCUUAGGGAACAGCUCCAAGCUAGCUUAUCUGAAGUUGGUGCUCUGGUUUCACAGCUGGAAAAUGAGAGACAGGAAAAGUUCAGAAUGAUAAAAAAUCAUGUCAAUGAGCUGGGAGACUUCCAAGUGAAAAAUGAUCAAACCCUGAUCUGCUUAGAAAAAUGCAGAGAACAGCUAAGGGCUUUACCCAAAUCUGACCAGGAGAAAGAGAGAGAUUUGUUUCUUACCACUCUGUCCAGCAUGGAAACCACCUUGUCAAAUGCAGUCCAGGUCUUGCAAGGGACACCCAUCGCCUCUGAUUAUCAGCAGAGCGAAAGCUGUGUGGCUCAAACUCCACCUGCUGAAGGGAGUUUGCAGGAGGAACAGACACUCAUUUCCCAGCAGCAGCAAGUUGAAAUGUCUGAUGGAGACCAGUUAAGAUUGCUUUCUGAGAGGAUAGCAUUUGAAGCCUCCCUGAUUAACCAAAUAGCAGAAUCUUUGAAAAAUGCAAGCUCAGAGAUUUCCCAGAUUCUCAGAGAGAUUCAUGGGACAGCUGAGGUGGUUUUUUUAGAGCCGGCAAAUGUGUCACAUACAGCAAUUGCCUUGGCCAACAUCUUAUCUAAGAAGCUGCUACUGGAAGGUGAAUUUUGGAGCCAGGUGGAAGAACUGAGAAAGCACUUGGGCACCAGAGAAGAGGAGGUAGAAAGCAAAACAGAAGCAGCUAGUUUUAGUUUUCCCCAAUGCCUUGUCCAAACAGUAGCAGAUGCUACAUUGAUCAGGGCAGAACUUGGUUUUGUGGCACAGAAGAUGCGAGAGUCUUUUCAUCAGAGGUUAAAAACAAUUGAAGAAGACCUCCACAAUACCAAAACAGCUCUCCAGCAACAUAAAUGCAUGUUAGAGGAAAUCAUCAAAGCAUAUAGGACCUCUGAAUUUGACAGGGUUAUGCAUCAAAUUUCUGAAGCACUUGAAAUCCAAAAAGAUGCUUCAGAAAGAACCCAAACCUCUUGGGAUAGGAGUCACCUCAAGGUAAUGCCAUGUCAAGAUUCAGCCAAGAUGAUACAGGCCCAUGGUUUGCCAGACCAUAGUAGUGAAGCUCUUGUUGCCAUUCAAGAAGACCUUGCCCAACAACUCAAAGAAAAAGCAAAUGUUCUUAAAGAAAUAUCUGUUGCCUUACUAUCCUUGUCCCCUGAGGAAGCCAUACGCGAUUGCCAGAAGCUGCUAAAAAUUUCUCAGUGUCUUUCAUGUCAUACAUGCAUGGGAGAUCUUGAGCGCUAUUCAUCAUUGUUAGUUCAAGAUGCAAUUAUCCAGGCUCAGGUUUGUUAUGGAGCUUUCAAAGUUAAACUCAAGUAUGAAAGGGAGCUAAAAUUUUACAAAGAGUCCUUGCAAAACAUGGAUGCUCUGUGUCAAGAGCGUGUAAAGACAGUGUCUGCCCUUCGUGAGGAGUACGAAGACCUGCUUCGAAAGCAGCAGAGUGAAUAUGCCGAGAUGAUAGCCAUCAUUGAAAGGGAGAAUGUAGACCUUAAGGCAAAAGUCUCUCAGCUGGACAAUCAGCGGAGGCUCUUGGAGGAAGAAGAGCACAAACACAGCAAAAACUUAUUUGAGUUACAAGGCAGGUAUGAGGAGGAGAUGCAAAAUGUGAUUGAGCAGUUGACUAGGACAGAGGACACUCUGAAGGCAGAGAGAACAGAGGGCCUAAAUCAACUUGAUGCCAUCAUCCGAGAUAAGCAAAACAUGGAAAGGUAUCACCUUGAGCAAAUGCAAAUGUUGGAGGACAAGUUCCAGGCCAACAUAAAGGAACUGCAAAUCAUCCACAAUGAGGAACUGCAUACUUUGCAGGAGCAUUACAACCAGAACCUGCUGCGCUUACAAGAAACACUAGACAAUUACCAGAGGCAGCACCCAGAAGCCUUGCCUUCCAAAGGGUCUGAAACCAGUGACGGGAAUGAAUGGGCAACAGAUCAGCCCAAGGGCGGGAUGCUGGUCUCCGAGAGCGAGUUAAACUCCAUGCACGGUUUGAGAGAGCGCAUUCAAGAGCUGGAAGCCCAAAUGAAUGCCAUGAGGGACGAGCUGGAGAACAAGCACGUGGAGGGGAAUGCUUCAGCACUGAGGGAAAAAUAUCAGAAAGACUUUGAGAACCUGAAGGCGACAUGUGAACGAGGGUUCGCUGCCAUGGAAGAGACACAUCAGAAGAAGAUUGAGGAUCUGCAGAGGCAGCACCAGCGGGAACUGGAGAAACUGCGGGAGGAGAAAGAUCGCCUGCUAGCAGAAGAAACAGCCGCUACUAUCUCGGCCAUCGAAGCCAUGAAGAACGCCCACCGCGAGGAGCUGGAGAGGGAGCUGGAGAAGACCCAGCGCUCCCAGAUCAGCAGCGUCAACUCGGAUAUUGAGGCCCUCAGGAAGCAGUACUUGGAGGAGCUGCAGUCGGUCCAGCGGGAACUGGAAGUCCUUUCGGAGCAGUACUCCCAGAAGUGCUUGGAGAACGCUCACUUGGCCCAGGCCCUGGAGGCUGAGAGGCAGGCCCUCCGCCAGUGCCAGCGAGAAAACCAGGAGCUCAACGCACACAAUCAGGAGCUGAAUAACCGCCUGGCUGUGGAGAUCACACGGUUACGGACCGGGGAGGGAGGGGGAGAGGCUGCUGGCUCGCCUCUCACGCAGGGCAAGGAUGCCUAUGAGUUAGAGGUCCUAUUGCGGGUCAAGGAAUCAGAAAUCCAGUACCUGAAGCAGGAGAUCAGCUCCCUCAAGGAUGAGUUGCAAACGGCACUGAGGGAUAAGAAAUAUGCCAGUGACAAGUACAAAGACAUUUAUACGGAGUUGAGCAUCGUGAAGGCCAAGGCAGAUUGCGACAUCAGCAGGUUGAAAGAGCAGCUGAAGGCAGCCACAGAAGCACUGGGCGAGAAAUCCCCCGAGAAUACCACUGUGUCGGGAUAUGAUAUCAUGAAAUCAAAAAGCAACCCCGACUUCUUGAAGAAAGACAGAUCCAGUGUUAGCAGGCAACUAAGGAAUAUCAGGUCAAAGUCCGUUAUUGAGCAGGUCUCAUGGGAUAACUGAAAUGAACCAGAGUCCAGGUUCCCUGUCACAGUCUGAAGGAAGGCCUGACCGUGCAAGAACGCUUGAAGCUCUUUGAAUCCAGGGACUUGAAGAAAGACUAGUUCUCCCCCUUCAGCUUGAACAUGCGCACCUCCCAGCUUGCGAUCGCACGGCACGAGCACCGCGUGUUCCUAGUUCCUUAUGAUCUUCUGUGCUGUUGUUCGUCUCGAUGCUCCCAAUCAGACUGAGUGCGGUUGGCGGUUCUUCCUGCCCCUGGCACCUUGACUCCACAGCUCCUUUCCCUGCACCGCAAGAUGCUUCAGAGACUCUGCUAGGGAGAGGAGGGGAUGGAGUUCUGCCCCCUUUGGCUCCUUCCUUCAGUGUAAACCAUUACACUAAGUGUCAGUAUUAAGGCUCAGCAGCCUAUCGAUAAGCUAGCUCUGUCAUACCGACUGCUUUGGUUUAGAAAUGGCCUGGCUGGCAAAGGCCAGACCCAGCUCUACUGCUGUUUGAGUGACCCAGUGCUCAGUCACAAGCUGUGAGUCAGUCCUCUGAGCUUGCGUUCCUUGCACCUCUGGGAAAAAGCCUGUGGUCAAAACGUCAGGAAAGGCAGGUCAGUCUGUGUCGGAAGCAGCCCAGUCCGUCAGGUGUGUGCGUGGGUCACAGCACCAACAGCCCGCUAGCUGCUGGAGAAAAACGAGGGGAGUCUGCUGGGAGAGUGGCUAGGGUCUGGGCUCCGUUCUCCCAACCCAGAGCCCCAGCAGGCCUCGGCCUUGGCUUGUUUUCAGUCUGUUACAGCCAGAGUGUUACAGAUGUUUGUUAAACACAGAUUUCAACAAAAUCUUUCCCUAAGGCCCAUCUGCCCCCUCUCCUUUCUUCCUAUCAUGCCUGUGCCCUGAGUAAUGUAUUCCAGGGCCCGAGCUGCAGGGCCUGUCUACGCAAAUCCAGCCCAGCUACAGCCAGUCCCCUCCAGCCACUCUCUCCCUCUUUGCAUCAACAACUGUGUGCGUGAGAGCUUCCCUUUCCCAGUCUGAGAAGGGAUACUGAGCGGAAGACAGAGCCUGCGCUGGCUGUGAACAUACACACACAGCUCAGUCCAAAGACUGCUCCCUUUUCAUCCGCUCCUUUCACCAGCCCACAGCUCCAAUUUUCAUACUUUUAUCUAUGGCUACAUUUUGCUUUUCUCCGAAAUAAGAGUCUCAAAGCUCGCCUGUUCUGCAGACCAUCCGUAUUGCAGCUUCCCAGGACAUCUUCCUGCCGGCUCCCAGCUCGGGGAUGAGGAUCACUCUUAAAAGUCUGUUUAGCAACACUGCACAGCGUGAGGCCAAUGGAGUGAAGUAAAAGUGAGUGAGGGAACCCAGCCGUGGAGGUGCAGCAUUAAACCAGUGUCGCUUAGCAAAGGGGAGGGGAAAGAAUCUCUCAUCCUGUUAGCCCUCAUGCAGCUCUGCAGUGGCCAUGGUGGCUUAUUCGCCAUGCUGGCAACAGCAUCCACAUGCUUUCUCCCCUGUACGCCUCCUUGGUUCUGUGCCCUGCGCUGCCAAUUGACAAGACAACUCCUGCCUCAACUCUGGGACUAGGGCCUGUUCCAACACAAACGGUUUCUAACCGAGCUUGGCUGUCUAGUGUGGAUAGGCCUAAAUCACAUUGGACUGUGCCCUUGACUCUCUAGGGAGCUAGGCUACUGCCUCUCUCAAAUUGUGUCUAAACAUGGCUCCUCGCUAGCUGUGCUUGUGUGGCCAGCUUGGUUAAGGGGAAGUGCCCCUCAUGAGCCCUGCCCAGCGCUCUGACGCCCUCUGCCCCAGGAAUGCUCAGUGUAGUCUGGAAGGCUUUGUUUACAAAGGGCCAUUUGGAGCCCCCUCGUGCAGAGUGGCGGCCAUGCCUGAUCCUGGUAGUAUGCAAGACCAAUGUGGGAGUUUCUAGCCUGCUUUGACAGUGGUUAGACAAUCCAAAGAACACACCUGACUUUACUAGGUGACUGGAACCAUUGGCUAAAGCUGGUUUGAAACUAAUUUCUGGUCUCUCCCAUCGGCCACCCAUAUUGCCACGUUCCCCAAGGAUCUCCCGCCUUGCCAAGAUGGCUGUCGCCAGCUUGGGACUUGGGUGAUUCUCAGCAGGCCUCUUAGCUCUGCCUUCCUGGUGAGAGGAGCUGCUUGUGUAUCCCACAGAUACCCAAAAAACACAUUGAGUUCUCAGCUUAGUUGGUGGCUGGGGGCUGUUUAAAUAAGUCCCAUCACCACCCCAACCCUGCCCUCAGAUUCCACCCUGAGCUGCAUUGCUGAAACCCCUCACACUAGUGACUCUAUUGGUGAAGCUAAGUAAUGGGUCCCCCCCAAACGCCAGCGGCCAUGGCAUGGGCCUGCCUUCCAGCCAAGGACACCUAGAUGUGACUCCCACCCUCAGUGUUCUUUAAUCAGCCGGAGGGGACACUGUAUAGGCAGAGGAGGCAUUCCCUCUCUGCCCCCAAAUUCUCAUCCACUCUGCAGAGCUUGAGCAUGUUGCUGCUGUUAGAUUCUGCUCAUUCUGUUCUUGGAAGAUGUCAAAGCUCUCUGCCUGAUUCAGCUUCCGCUUAUCCCUGUAGCUCCAUUGGCUUCAAUGCGGUUCCUCAUUCUCACCACCAUGAGAUCAAAACCAGGCCCAGGAUGAACCCUUGGGGGCCAAACUCUGAUGGAGCUGGAGGAGGGGUUCCCAUGGGAAAGUGAGACUUCAGUGGGAGCUACAAGCAGCCAAGGGCAAUGUGGUCUUUGGGUUGAACUCUGGAGCCCCACAAGCUGUGAGGGGACCUGUCUCACAGGCCAGUGGGGAUGUUUGUGCUGUGACACGGGUUGGAUCUGGCUCUAGAUACUGCCGGGGAGGGUUUGCUUGCCUGCUGUGUUCCCUAUACUGUAUAUGUCCCUCCACAUGCAGCAGAGGUCUUCAGACGUCACCUAAGAGACCCAGCUUUCUCCGUCUCUGACCUUUCCUGGUCUUCUCACAUCAGCAAUCACCAGAAGAGAACAUCCCUUUGUUCUUAUGCUCCGUCCCUGCCUGGUCAGGGUGGAGGGUGUCUGCCCUCUGCUAGCUUCCCAACCCUGAAUUCUCCCUUCAGAUUGUGGAGCCUAUGGGACACAGGUACGGGUAGCAUGAAGUCCUUCAGCGUUGGGAUUUCUCCUCCCUCACCUCACAAGAGUCCACUGGAAUGUGACAUUUCCAGUGAAGACACACCCCAGCCUGUGCUUCCUUGGAGUCCGGUGAGGGCUUCUUACUGCUAAACCAUCUGAGCAAAGUGUGUUCUGUUCUCCUGUUGGAAAAGCCACUUAUCUCCCUCUUCCUCCGGCCAUCUGGGCUCUGAGCUUCUUGCUACCCAACAAGCUAAUUGCUGCUGCUUUGUGCACUUCCUUUGGUUAUGAUCAGUUACUUUCAGGGUGAGAAAUGAAGAUCACCCACCUUUUCUCCAUUUAGAGUUGUAUGCCAGUGGGAUGGAGGCUACAGGAUGGUGCUGUAGAUAACCAUGGCCUGAUGCCCUUUGUGGUACUGCUUCAUUGCACUGAGCCUCAAAGGGAUCCUGGUAAUGAUGCUCCCAGGGGGUUGAAGCCAUCUUUUUUCUGCUGUGCACUUCCCCACUCCAGCCACUCUUUUUUUGAGGCUCAGUGUCUCUUUGCUUGGACCAGGAACUCUGUGAGUUACUGGGAUCUUAUUUUUCUUUUUUUACCUCUGUGUCUGUCCAGAUCCUGAUUUCAUAAUGGUAGAGAAGGAUCAUUAGAGGAGGAAGUGUCUGGUGUAACCACACAGAUGUAGAUACCACUGGAUGAUGCUAUGAGGAGCUGGCUUGGAGGAAGGGUUGCAGCAUGCUGAUGGACAGCUUGGCAAUGGUUUUGGCCAUUCAUAUGGCAGAGGUGAAGAGGGAAAACUGGUUGAAGUGAGGACUGUCUUUUUCAUCUUUUGACCCAGACGGUGUAUGUGGGUGAGGACAUGAGAAAAGGCACUGUGGUAUGUUUUCAAAGUGGAAGCACUUAGGUAGUAGCUAGUGUAAAAGGAGAGCAGGGAGAGAGGCAUGUAAAGCAGUGGAAUAGCAAGCCACAUAAAAAGAGGUGGUAUUAAAGAAAUGGCAGAUCCAGUGGGUUGGUCUGAACGGCUUUCUGCCUGUGCUCCAGUCCCAUAAUUAUCCUGUAAAGAUGCAACUUGGGGAGCAGGAGGGCUUGUUCAGGUUUGUCCUUGUGAUAUACAGGGUCCCAAGGACUGAGGCAGAGAAGAAAACUGCUUAGAGGAAGAGAAUCUUUUAUUUGAUGGGUUUCUUAGCCCAUUUUCCUUUCUCAUGUGCACAUACCCCAAGCAAAAGGCUGUAAUUAGGGAAGCUUUGAGUAGCCUAUGUAAAUUUCUUCUCUUGAGGAGAUGUGCAUAGUUCUGCAAAAGUCCUGGGACCUCAAUAUGAUGGAUGAGACAUUGGCAGUAACAGACUUUAAGCAAGAUGUUUGUUCAAGCUAGCUGGUAUUUUUUUCUUUAAGGCUGGUAUAUCUUUAGUUCCUACCUUACUGCAAACUCAUCAUCCUGUGACCUCCAUCUUACUUGGUCAGUGGAUCAGCUUAAAAGAAUUUGCUUCAAGAUGUGCCAGGACUAAUGGAUCAGCAGAAUCUGAACUUGUGGGAGCGGAUCUGUCAGUGCAGGUUUGCAAGCACUGGGGAUCUUUGGAUAAUGCAUCUUGGCCCACAUUUCUGGACCUACAUACUGCCCCUAAAAGCUAACUGGACACGCAGUUUCACUGGGAUGAAAUGGAGCUGCAGAUACCGGCUGUAGCCAAAACAAAAAUCUAGUGUUACAAGAAAUGAGCUCCUCUGGAGAGGACAUACACACCGUGCAUGAAGGGGUGAUUGGGACCACCCUUUGGUGUAUAUUUUUAAAGCUUCUAAGAACCUCUAACAGGCCAAAUAAGUGUUGUUUUGCUGAACUUGCUGUUCUAAAAUAUUAUUUAACACCUAAACAAAGGGUCUCGUACAACUAUUUGUUAUAUACUGUCCCUUGUAAGAGCAGGUGCGUUCUGAAGCAGACACCUCUCCAAAGCGGGACUUAGGCUUUGUUUUUAAUGUUUUUCUGUUGUGCACAGGGUAUGCGCUCUAAAGUCAGUUGUUCCAGAAGGCGGAAGAGCAGCUGGCUCUCUGCCCAUCUGUGCAGCUUCUCCAUCCCAUCAGACUGCAGCGCUCCCAAAUGGAAUCAACAUUGCAAUAACUGAUCCUUCCAGAGGUCAAGAACAAAAAAGCUGUGGCACAAACACGCACUUGUUUUCUCUGAUGUGCUGGCAGAUGCCUCAUUGCUGUUUCUCCCUGUAGUUUUGAUGGGCACCUACCUGAGCUGGGAGGAGCCUCAUCAAAGUAUUAGGCAGUGUGUUCACCUCCACUCCACCCCAGUAAACACCGCGAUCUACCACAGGUUUAAAAAAAAAAAAAAAUGGCAAAAGUCUUAGCUGAGUGCAAGGUUCUGUGUUUCACCCCAGUUCUGCCUUCUGCUUCAGGCUUCAUCUUUCUCCAUGAGGCUAGAAAUCAGUGUUUCUCAAAUUGAACUGACGAGGAGGGUGGGGGGCAUAGCAAGAGAACCCCUCCCCCCCGCCAGCCCCUUUGCCCAACACACUUUCUGAUUCCAUCUGCAUCUUCCAUUGUGUAUGUGAGAGACAGCAGAGCAUUUUCCAAUUCACUUUUCCUCUGCCUGUGUUCCAGGCACCCUCCACAUACAACAAGGCAAAUUGGCAUGGUAGCUGUCUCGCUUGCAGUGCUCCUAAAGGGCACAGUAUAUACAGUGUGUGAAUAUAUAUACGUUGCAAGCAGCUGCAUUUUAUAUGGUCCUACAUGAUGAAAAGUACCAGAAUGUGAGGUCUAAUAAAACCAAGUUCAAAAUAGCCGUAGAAACAUAUACAUCUAAUUGCUUCCAAAGUUUUGUCUUUUGUGGAGAAUUUUUCAGCCAUUUUUUUCCUUCUGGAAACAAUUAGAUUUAAGUUCUUUUUAACUGUGAUUGAUCUCCCCCCAUUCCUCCCCCCAUCCAUCCAUCUAAGAGAGGGAGCAAUUUUUUUUUCCAUUUGCUUCAAAAGCAGAAUUUGUGCUUAUGUGCAAAACACAACAAGGCUAUUUUUCUGUAACCGGUUGAAUGGAGUGCAUUUAAGCAGUCCUAAGCAUUGUAAAAUGUGUCACUUUUGUAAUGACUAUAUAUUUGAUUGGAAUUCCACUAGACCUUUGCAUUUUUGUGCUUCAUAUACAGUACUUAGUUUGUUGUGAACACUAAAGCACAUGCACGCUCAGUGUAGCUUGCCUUUACUUUGUAAUUUUUUCCAUUUUUUUAAAAAAAAAAAAGCUUUGUUAUUCUCUUUAAAAUAAUUUAAAACCUGUAUAGUAUUCAAAGCACGCAAUGUAAAUAUUUAUUACUCAGAAGUUAGCGGAGGGUUUUUGUGUGUGUGUGUGUGUGACUAAGUUCUGUUUUUUUGGUUUUCUUUUUUAGGUUUUCUUUUUUAAUCUUGUUCUAAUACAGAUGUCUCUUUUGGGGUUGGAAGAGAUUUGCGUGUAAGAUGUUGAACCUACCCUGUGUCCUCUUAUUAGAAUGUUUUUUGAUGACUGUUAUAAAUAUCUUUUAAAAUUCUCUGACCUGUACCUUUAGCUUUGAAGAUACCUGUCCAAAGAAUGUGUCCAGUCUGUUUGAGAACUGUUAAUCCUAAAGCGCUAUAAAUUGUUUUUCCAUUGAGAAUUCAGUAAUCUUGUAUUUGAUAGUGGCAUUAACACCCUGUGAAUGUGCAAAAUUGCUAUCUAUAUAUAGAAGUAGUAACUACUGUGUGACUAGAGCAUACACAGAUAUCCUUGCAUGGUAACUUAGGACUGUUGCAGUGAGUGAACUAAGGUUCCAGGAUCUUAGGGCCUAGUAUAUAAUUGUGUAACUCACUUAUGCAUCAGCAUUGAAGCUACUCUGUAAGGCUACAUGGAAUUUACAAGGGAACUGUCUCCUAGCUGUGCAGUUACAUAGUGUACAACAGCAUGGAAGUUUACUGUAACUUACAAUGAUAUGUAAGUAACUGUUUAAAAUAUAACUUUCAAUACAUCGUAGUUACUACUGAGUUGCACUUAUGAUGUGAUCCCUACCACUGUAAUACAGAGCAUUUCUUAAAAGUGGCUGCAGAAAUAUUGUUGCGUGACUGGGGAAGGACACUGAAGAGCCAUGGGGGCUGAAAACAAAGCUGUCAGCUCUAGUGGUUUAACUUGCCUCAGCCUGCACUUUAAGAGACUACUAGAGGAGAACGAGGGGGCAGGAGGCAUUAGCAGAAACCUGACUUGCCUUUGAAUUGGUACCAACAGCACUAGCCCUCCUGGCCACUGACAUUAGUUUAGUGCAAUCACAAGCAAUUAUUUCAUCACCCUUCCUGUCUACCCUACACCAUGAAUGUGUGCUGGAUGGUGAAGGAUCACUGACUCUUUGUUCUAAUUUAGAGAGAACAAAGUGUGUUGUAAAAUACUAAAGACUUUGACAUGUAGCAAACAGAUGAGGAUUCUUAGUCUUUGAUCCACAUACACCCUUUUGGGACCUGGAAUUUUGGGUUGACUUGAGAUUUUAAACUUUGGGGGUAGGGGGCAAGAGGGAAACUGUAUGUAUUUGAAUGAUAACUCUGUGAAGUGACAAUAGACACCCAAGUAUUGAUGGUCAAUCUUCCUCACUUCACACCACCAACCCAGUCAGAAUUGAGGGACUGCCUUAGCUCCAUCCUGUCUUAUGCAUGCCUUCAAUCAGUGGCCUCAGUCAAGAGAGAUGGGUUCCUGAUUGAAAUGCACGCACCCUCCACUACCAGCUGAGUUUCAAGAGCUUCAGUCCCUGGUGGAGAUGGAAAUAGAAAUCAAGAUUUAAUUGUGGUUUAUGGUGAACACCCAAGAGUCAACCACAAUGUCUCCAGUUCCUGUGAUGAUGAAGACAGAGAGAGCCACCUGUCCAACCUGCCUGCAUGGUGUUAAUGGCAGCAGAUCAAACCUAGAAGAUUGUGUAACUUACUUCCUGGGUUGCUACUGUGGUGGUGAGACUUGUGCACCAGCCUCAGAACUAGCAUGAAACAGGGGUGGUGACCAGGGAGAAGUGGCAGCUGUGUUCCAAACCCAUUGGGCUGCAGGUCUGAAUGGUGUGCAUAAGGGGAGGGUUCCACACACCUCACCCAGCAAUGGAGUGACGUGUCCUGAUCCAUUUCCUCUUGCAAAGGUGAAUGCACAUGCAUUUUGUGGCCCCCUGUGAUACUGAGUCUGAGUGGAGUCUUUUUUCUCUCUUCUUCCCCCCACCCCCUUUGCUUUUAUUUCAGUGCUUUUAUUUAAAAAAAAAAAAGAAAAAAAAAAGCCACUGUUCACUGUAAUAGAAGCAUCACUUUGGUCACAAUAUUUAUUCCUUACAAAUCCUGUGUGACAUGCUAGGUUCCCAUGGAUGUAGCUGAUCAUUUUUAUUUUGUAAAUAUAAUUACUUAACUUUACAUAAACUAUAUCGUAAUAAACUAUUUUUGCACCACC